ACGAAGCCCAGUUCUUAACCAGUUAACACUACUACAGACAGCAGAAGCGGCACACAGAGCAAAAUACCCACACCCAUCCCAUUUGACGGCGACGUUGGUGACCGCCGGCAAAGAUGAUAGCCUGCAUCGAGCGUUUCGUUCCCGAAAACGACGCCGAAUCGAGAGACGCCAGCGAGGACGAUGGUGUCGACGCAAGAAUUUGCAAGGGUCUCGAGCUUCAGGGCAGAAUCGAUUUCGGGUCAGCUGCUAAUUUGGCCGGCAAGGAUUUCGGCGGCAUGCGCGCCGCCAAAGCGUUAGCGCUGGCCAGGCCGGCCGGAGCUGAUGACGUGGCCCGAGUCGUCAGGGCGGCGUCACGGUCGGCGAAUCUGACGGUGGCCGCGAGGGGCAACGGCCACUCGAUCAACGGCCAGGCGAUGGCAGAGCGAGGCCUCGUCAUCGACAUGAGGGCGAUGGAGAAUCAGAUAGCGGUGGCGGCGGAGCCCGGUGCGACGCCGCCAUACGCCGAUGUCGGCGGAGGGGCAUUGUGGGAAGACGUCCUGAAACGCUGCGUUUCGAAGUUCGGCGUCGCCCCCCGAUCGUGGACGGACUAUCUCGGGUUGACCGUUGGCGGGACGCUGUCGAAUGCCGGCGUUAGCGGGCAGGCGUUCCGGUACGGCCCGCAGACUUCGAACGUGACGGAGUUGGAGGUGGUGACCGGGAAAGGCGACACCGUGGUUUGCUCCGAGACCCAAAACCCGGACCUCUUUUUCGGAGUUCUCGGCGGACUCGGUCAGUUUGGAAUCAUCACCAGAGCUCGGGUCUUGCUCCGGCCGGCGCCGGACAUGGUGAGAUGGAUUAGAUUAGUAUAUGUUGAAUUCGACGAGUUUACGAAGAAUGCCGAGUUUCUGAUUGUUCAACCGAAUGUUGAAUCAUUUGAUUACAUCGAAGGGUUCGUGUUCGUGAACAAUAAUGAUCCAAUUAACGGGUGGCCAUCUGUAACAUUAAAUUUGGAGCAUGAGUUAGAUCCGACCCUUAUUCCUCAAACUGCUAAUCCAGUAUUGUAUUGUUUAGAGGUGGCCUUACACUACAAAAAUCAUGACAAUCCUACAACUAUCAAUAUGGCAGUGGAUCCUCUGCUCGGACGGCUAGGAUUUAGGGAGGCGAUGAAGUUCCAGGUGGACGUGAGCUACACGGAAUUCUUACUCCGAGUGAAGCGUGCGGAGCAGGAGGCAAAAGCAAACGGCAUCUGGGAGGCGCCUCACCCGUGGCUGAAUCUCCUCGUGUCCAGACGCCACAUCGCCGAUUUUGAUCGUGCGGUGUUCAAGACUCUCCUAAAGGACGGGAUCGGUGGGCCCAUGCUGGUCUACCCACUCCUGCGCAACAAGUGGGAUGAUCGGACGUCGGUGGUGUUGCCGGAGGGAGAAAUAUUUUACAUAGUGGCAUUACUCCGGUUCACUCUUCCAUACCCAAAAGGCCCCUCCGCUGAGGAGUUGGUGAGACGCAACAACCAAAUUAUUCAAUGCUGCAAGGAGCAAGGGUUUGAGUUCAAGCUGUACCUCCCCCACUAUCACUCCGAGGAAGAAUGGAAGGGGCAUUUCGGGAAUAAAUGGGAAAAGUUUGUAGAGAGGAAGCUAAAAUUUGACCCCAUGGCCAUCCUUGCCCCUGGCCAGAAAAUUUUCUCAAGAUCCACCGUCUGCAAAACCCUAGGGCGCAUCACUGUGAAGAAGACGACCGUCCCUGUUGUAGGCAAGCUGCCGGAACAACAACAACAACAACCUGUAGAAGAAGACGAGAACACGUCAGAAGAGUUAGAAGAAGGAAACAAACAAGUACAAGAAGAAGAGGAAGAAGAUCAAGCCAAGAAACAGUAGCAGAAAACCCUGCCAAGAAGAAGAAUUGCAAAUCUAUAGGGAUCAUCAUAAGGAAACCGAAUCGAAAGAAGUUGCAGUAAGAGAUAGGAGGACAGCGGCUGCAGGCGGCGGGCGAGAAGGCGAAGAAGCGGAGGACGAAGAAAGGGAUGAGGAGUAGCGGUGGGGAUGAAAGCGGGGUGUUCGAGCAAUUGGCCGAAGAGGCGGUGAGACUGACUAGAUACGCUGGUCGGAUGACGCUGUCAUCUAGGGAGAUGCAGGGGGCGACCUGUGUGCUAUGCUCGGCAGGCUCCAAGCCCAAAUGCCCAAUGAAGUGGGCCAGGCCUCUUAUUCGAAGUUUUGGGUCUUUAAAAUGGGCCUUGAGUCCAUUGGGCCGAUUUAUUCCUCCUGGGCUUAAUUACAUUUUAGCCUAGUUUUCUAAACCUAUUGGCAGAAGUUUUGAUAGUGUGCCACGGGCUUUGAAAAAAUUCUUGGGCUAAAAGUCAUGCAUGAUACCAAUUUCUCGCGAAUCCUUAGUUGACUCAAAUCUAAGACAAGAAUAACAAAGGGGAAAGAAAAAUUAAUUAAUACAAGUUUAUUACCUUA